UCAAUGCUUCCCGCUCGGCAAAAAUGGCGGUAUUCCGAUCCCUCAGAGCCCUAAUUCGAAACCCUAAAAAAUCCAGAACCUUCCUCACCGCCGCCGCCUCACCAAUCUCCUCCCCCACCUCUCCUCGCUCUCACAUCUCCCGAUCCUUCCUCUCUCCCCUCUCCAAUUGGAUCGUCGUCCCCUUCCAUGGACCCCACAACGGCCCGCUCUUCCUCUCCUUCCCGCCGUGGAAGCUCUCUCAGUCCGCCACGCCGCUCUACCUCCGCAGAAACGCCGCCGUUUUGGAAAAGAUCGAAGCUUUGAACUUCAAUCUGCUCCGGAAGAAGAGAACGACCUCCCCGCCCGAAUUGACCUCCGGGUCGGAUCCGACGGUCUCGGAUCGUCCACCGUUGAAGGAAGCCGGCGACGAUUUCGUCAAUUUGCCUAAUUUGAUCUCCAUGGCUCGAAUGGUUUCCGGUCCUGUUCUUGGAUGGAUGAUUGUGAAUGAGUGGUAUUCAGCUGCAAUGGUGGGGCUGGCUGUGUCUGGGGCAAGUGACUGGUUGGAUGGGUAUGUGGCUAGGAGGAUGAGGAUUAACUCUGUUGUCGGCUCCUACCUUGAUCCCCUUGCAGAUAAGGUUCUUAUUGGGUGCGUUGCAUUGGCGAUGGUGCAUAAGGAUCUUCUUCACCCUGGUCUUGUUGGAAUCAUUGUGUUGCGAGAUGUUGGCCUUGUCAGUGGUGCAGUGUAUGAAAGAGCUAGUAGCUUGGGCUGGAAGUGGAAAAGUUGGUCAGAUUUCUUCAACCUGGAUGCAACCCGUCCCCAGAAGGUGGAACCUCUCUUUAUUAGCAAGGUUAACACAGUUUUCCAGUUGGUUUUAGUUGCGGCAGCUCUCCUCCAACCAGAGUUUGGAACAUUAGAAACUCAGUCAUAUGUUACAUACUUGAGUUGGUUAGUGGCAUCAACAACAUUGGCUUCAACUGCAGCAUAUGGAGCACAACACUUGAGGAAAUCGGCAUCCGUUGCUCGGAAAUGCUGAUUUUAAGCAUCACCGUGAAUCUUUUAGACUGCAACUUCCAAGCUCAAAUGCCUACACGGUGAUGGUCGUUUUCCAUUUUGAAGAACAAGCUAGCUGAUUUAUACCCUUUGGGAUUCACGUCACUCUCCUUCAAGUCUUGCAAGCAAGAGCCGUGAUUCACAUAGCGUGGAAGACAGUAUCAUUGAGACUCUUUAGAUGGAUGGAAAGAGAAAAUAGUGAUAAUGGUGGAUAUCUGUGAUGUCCAAGCUUGUAUAGUCUGAGAACUUUGCUUGUUGAAUACAUUUUAAAUUUCUACGAUAAAUUAACUAAUUAAGGA